UUGGGAUACACCGCACCAACAUGAAACAAGAAUAAACACACCAACAACAUUGACAUCGAGUUACUUGCAGCCUUCCCAAGCACCAUGGUCAGAGCUUUGCUUCAACCUCAACCAUGGAGGCUAGUGCUGCUGCAGCUCACUGGAGCUUUCGCCAAUAGCCUGGUCGGACCAGGAGCUGUCGGCUCAUACCAGGGCGGUGGCGGUGGCCGCCGUUUUGGUGGGUUUGCCCGCGUCACAGACCCUCCCGUGGGCUUUUUCCUGGGUGGUUCGAGCAUCAGGGACAUGAACGGCCUCUAUUCACGGGAGCAUCGAGUUCCAAAUGGUUUCAGUCACACUUUUACCUUUUCCUACCGACAUGACUACACUGGUUGGCGCUUGUGUUUGGUUGGUGCUCCUGAAGAUGUGAAACGCAGCAGUGGCCGACAGACCGAAUGGGUGCUGAUAGACCCGGACAGGGCUGAUCGCUUCAGGCAUGAUGGAGAUCAACUAAUUCCUGGAUCAGGGCAUCGUUGGAGCCAUGUGCACCGGACAAAGAGUGCGCAGCCUGAUCCGAAGGCUGGCAGUGCCGUUGCUCAUGCCAUGGAGGACGACGAAGAGGAGUUGCCUUGGCAACUUGUUGGUGUAGGGGAAGAAGAUAUGCUCAGACGGCUGAAACGAUAUUUUACAUUCUACAAGCAUGAGGUCCAAGCUGCGAUUGACGGGCAGAAGUUGCCAAAACUACCUGUUGGCGGCAAAGGCACAGCAACAUCUCCCCCCGAAGGGUUCCAAGCACCCAAAGCAGCUUUGCCGGGAGAAGAAGAUGGUACAGAUACGUGCCUUGAAGGAUCUGCAAGCUUAGAGAAUGCCGAGGCUGAACUGCAAGGUCCCAAGCUGAAAAGCGACCACUGGUCUGUGGCCAUGCUUCAGUUGCGCCGGGCAAUCUGCUACCGUAGACGUCGGGAAUUCCAGCUUGCGAAUGACGCUGUGGAUGCUUCGCUUGUGCUGUACCCCCGCUAUGCCGCAGCGAUCGAGGAGCUGGGCAAGCUACAAGUGGACCAGGGUCUUUACGAGCGAGCGAUCCACUCAUUCGAGACGCUGCUGCGCGUGGAUCGCAAACGGCCCUUUGUGGGUGACUGGCUGGUUCGCGUGCAUGGGCACAAGCGCCGACAAGAGACAGAGUUUCUGACCGAGAAGCCAGAAGUACUCCAGGGCCGAACUCCGGGCUGCAUAGCAUGGCGUCAAACUGGUGGUUGCUCUCCGACAGGGCUUUUGGAGCCUUCAGCUGAUAAGCCUUGCAACGCAGUCAUAGCGAAAGGCAAUUCUGGAUUUUGCCAAUGUGCAACCUCCGGUGCCCGCGGCAAAUCUGGCACAGCGCCAGCUACCGCAGCUGAAAGUGACUGUGAGCAUGAGUCCUUCACGUGUGCUGCAAAAUGUGCUGAGCGACAGCAGGCAGAAUCUGGUCAUGGACCCAAGCUUACUGAUGCAGCAGCGCAGUUGGCAGCAGAGGUCUCGAACGCUGUAGAUGUGCAGCCUUGCACGUUGCUGCGAGGAGGUGAGCUGCCUGAAUGGUGCCAACCGAACCACUAUUUGGUGCUGGGCAUCCGGUGUGAUUUUCCUGAUGAGCACGGUGAUGAGCUGAAGCGAGCAUACAAAAAACGUAGUCUACAGUAUCAUCCAGACAAGCUUGGAGGCUCUGCUCAGGCUUUUCAGCGAGUUGCCGAUUCCCAUCAGGUUCUGCUGGAUCCAGAAAAGAGGCGGGCCUUUGAUGAAGGUGCAGACUUCCCGAGAAAAGUUCAGCAUGAUGGAGCAGAGGGGGAAACUCACAAAGAGGAGAUAGAGAAAAAGUACUUUCCAGAAAGGUUUGACUUUGCACCGUUCGGCGAUCCUCAUUCUGACCGACGUGAGGCAAAGGCGAGGCAGCAAAGACUGCUUGAGACGAAGAGACAAGAAGCCCUAGCAAGGGAGGACACUGGGAAGCACAGACCAUGAAGGGUAGACGAACUUCUGGAGCACAUUCACGGCCUCGUAUAUCAGUAUAUUAAUCAUAAAUCACCGUUUGCAAGUGAUCCAGAUUCUUGUCUCGCCUGAGAGGAUGUACAUAGAGAGUUACUGUUGGUUGUUCAGGUGCUUAGUAUAUAGGGUUGUGAUUAUGUGUCUUUCACAUGGUUUCGCUCUUUCCAUGCCAAGGCCAAAGAAGCCAAAGAAGCUAAGCCUGACCGAAGGACUGACUUGUAAGGUGAACCAAGAGCCAGCCGGCCACAAGAUGCGGCUAGUCGCCAAGCUUUGCUGGACACGGCAUGUGGUUUUCUGCUUCUGAGCAUUUCUGCCAGAAGUGACUCUUGCGCUUGAAUAGCGCAACGCGCAAUACAUCGCAAUACCAAAAGAAGUCCUUGAUUGUGCACGAUUCUAGCCGCCAGAAGCGUAGUGAAAACACCCCACUGGUUAUUGCCGCCUGUGACACGUGUG